CCAACAAUGAACGAAAGAACCUAAUUACUGACUUUCUAUUGCUUAAUUUACUAAUCGUUUGCUACAGCGCUGAAUAAAAGAACGUUCGUUUUGUGGUCUUCACGUGUCAGUUGUCAGUCAGUGUCAAUCUGUCAAGUCAUAGUCAUAAAAGAAAUAUAUUUAUUUAUGUCGUGUAUAAAUUUGGCAAAAGUAGAAAUCUUGUAAGGAUAUGCAUUCAUUUGACGAUAUAAUAAUAAUUAGUGGUUUUUUAAAAUAUUGAUCGAGAAUAAAUAAGUGAUAUUUGAUACAAAGACGCGUACUUUCUACAAGAACUAAGAACGACCUUGCAUAAAAAUAAAGGAAGGAAGAAAAAUUGAGGAUUUUUAAAAAGGUAACUUGCGACAUAGUGGGAGGUAAACUAGAUUCGAGACUCCAAACGGUGUACAAUUCCUCGAACAAAAAUGUAAAUGCAAAAUUAUAAUACUAAGAAUUUUCAAAUUUAGUCCUUAAGUUAUGGUAAGAAUAUUGCUAAUAUGUCAUUGCUAUGACUGAGGAUAUCACCAAGCCUCCAAAACAAUACGAUUAUUUGCUGAAGUUUCUUCUGGUGGGUGACAGCGAUGUGGGGAAGCAGGAAAUUUUAUCAGACCUGGACGACGGGUCGUCAGAAAGUCCAUUUUGUGGACACAGUGGUAAGUCUUACAAAACCACCACCAUUCUUCUGGAUGGAAAGAGGGUGAAACUUCAACUGUGGGACACCUCUGGCCAAGGAAGAUUCUGUACAAUAAUUCGCAGCUAUUCAAGAGGUGCACAGGGUGUUCUCUUGGUGUACGACAUAACAAACCGCUGGUCAUUUGACGGCCUCGACAGAUGGUUGAAAGAAGUGGACGAGCACGCGCCCGGCGUCCCCAAAGUGCUAGUCGGAAAUCGCCUUCAUUUGGCCUUCAAUCGCAAAGUGGGCCUGAGGGAUGCACAAAUGUAUGCCCACAAGCACAGCAUGGCUUUCUUCGAGGUAUCUCCUUUGUGCAAUUUCAACAUACACGAGAGCUUUUGCGAAUUGUCCAGGAUGGCGCUACAUCGAAAUGGUAUGGAGAGGUUGUGGAGGUCAAAUAAAGUACUGAGUCUUCAAGAACUGUGCUGCAGAGCCAUAGUCGCCCGUACGACGGUCUACAGCAUCGAGCAGCUACCGUUACCCACCAGCGUCAAGUCCCAUUUGAAAUCCUACGCCCUAACGUCGUCGUCCACGCAAUGGCGGUACGCCAUCACGCAAAAGAAGAACAGCGGCCAUUUCGGUCGCAAGAAACGGUUCACGAGCACCCCCACCACGCCUGGGGGCUGCGUCUCGGACAAUAGAACGAGUUGCGUUCCCAGAAACUCUUGUACAAUCUCUUAGUAUCCCCAUUUAGUGUGAUUAAUUGUGCAUUGACCGAAUUUACCGGAAUCUGAUGAAAAUGGAAUUUGCUGAUAUACCAGCUGACCCAAUAAGAAUGGCUUUCGGUCAUAUCUCAAGAACAGUUCUUGAUAUAUGGCUGAAAGUCACUACAACUGUUGUAUUUUUUAUUUUUAGUUUUGAUAAAAUGAUGGGU